AUGCUUCUCUUCUCCAGCCGGCUCGACACUCUCGGCCUGGCCGACCCCGCUUCUGUGCUCACACCUUGUCCCAUCGCGUCUGCUCUGCCGCCUGUGACGCCGGCCUUCUUCCCGUCUGAUACGUCGGAGUUGGCAGGCCGAAGGGAUAUAGACACCUCACAGGAACAGGAACAGGAACAGGAACAGGCACAAACGCAAACCGCCCGACCAGUUCCGGUUGCAGCCAAGCCUCGUCUACAAACGGCUGCCUUGCAAGCCGUAGUGGGGCCGGCGCCGAGUCCUACAGACUCAACAAGGACGCCUGGACAAAGCUGUCCGAAUCCACUCUGCGACGGCAGCGGCCAUGUCAGCGGCAUCUACUUGCACCACCGCAGUCUUUCCGGCUGCCCGAGGAGAGGGAGCUAUCCGAAUGCCGGUAUGCGCACAGACCGGCUGUUGUAG